CUGCGCAGUAGGCCCAGAGGCUUAUAAAACUGAAUGGACUCGCCUUCGGGGCUGCAGAGUCAGUGCGGCUGCGCGCCAAGCGGGUGCCGCGGUACUUGACUUAGCAGCGCCGGGUGUCGGAGGUAGCCAUGCAGAGACCAGACUCGGAGCAACCUGCUAAGCGGUCCCGCUGCGAUGGCAGCCCAAGGACGCCACCGAGCACCCGUCCUGCAGCAGCGAACGAGUCUGCAGAUCCCGAAAGCAGCGACCUCCGAACCUGGGGUCCCGAGGACGUGUGCUCCUUCUUAGAGAAACGUGGUUUCCGAGAGAAAAAAGUGCUGGACAUCUUCAGAGAAAAUAAAAUCAGUGGUUCAUUUCUGCCCUUUUUGGAUGAGAAUCUUCUCGAAAGUCUGGGAGUAAGUUCCUUGGAGCAGAGGAAGAAGAUGAUAGAAUGUAUCCAGAAGCUGAAUCAGUCUCGGAUUGAUCUAAUGAAGGUAUUUAACGAUCCUAUUCAUGGCCAUAUUGAAUUCCACCCCCUCCUCAUCCGAAUCAUUGACACACCUCAGUUCCAGCGGCUUCGCUACAUCAAGCAGCUGGGAGGCGGUUACUACGUCUUCCCUGGCGCGUCACACAAUCGGUUUGAACACAGUCUCGGAGUGGGGUACCUAGCAGGCUGCCUCGUGCGAGCGCUUGCCGAAAAACAGCCAGAGCUGCAGAUCAGUGAACGAGAUAUGCUCUGUGUUCAGAUCGCGGGGCUCUGCCAUGACCUUGGUCAUGGGCCAUUCUCCCAUAUGUUUGAUGGAAGAUUUAUUCCACUUGCUCGCCCAGACAUAAAGUGGAGGCAUGAACAGGGCUCAGUUGAGAUGUUUGAGCAUCUGGUUAACUCCAAUGAACUCAAACUUGUCAUGAAGAACUAUGGUCUCGUCCCUGAAGAAGACAUUACCUUUAUCAAGGAACAAAUUAUGGGACCACCUGUAUCACCAGUCAAAGACUGCUUGUGGCCGUAUAAGGGGCGCCCCGCCAAGAAGAGCUUCCUGUACGAGAUAGUGGCUAACAAAAGAAAUGGCAUUGAUGUGGACAAAUGGGACUAUUUUGCCAGAGACUGUCACCAUCUUGGAAUCCAAAAUAAUUUUGAUUACAAGCGCUUCAUUAAGUUUGCCCGUAUCUGUGAAGUGGACGACGAGACCCGGGCACAUAAGGUGAAGCACAUUUGUACCAGAGAAAAGGAGGUUGGAAACCUGUACGACAUGUUCCACACACGCAACUGCUUACACCGCAGAGCUUAUCAGCACAAAAUCGGCAACCUCAUCGAUAUAAUGAUUACCGAAGCUUUCCUCAAAGCAGACCCCCACGUGGAGAUUACCGGGACCGAAGGGAAGAAGUUUCGAAUUUCCACAGCCAUUCAUGACAUGGAAGCCUUCAGUAAGCUGACAGAUAACAUCUUUCUGGAGAUUUUAUACUCCACGGAUCCACAGUUGUCUGAGGCCCGGAAUAUUUUAAGGAACAUUGAAUGCCGUAAUCUGUACAAGUAUUUGGGUGAGACCCAGCCGAAGCGUGAGAAGAUUAAAAAGGCAGAGUAUGACAAGCUUGCCCAAGAAGUUGCUAAUGCCAAACCUGAAAUUGCCCCGGAUGUUGAACUAAAGGCUGAAGAUUUCAUCGUUGAUGUUAUCAAUAUGGAUUACGGGAUGGAAGACAAGAACCCAAUUGAUAAUGUUCACUUCUAUUGUAAGAGUGACAGCAGGCAAGCGGUCACGAUCACUAAAGACCAGGUGUCCCAACUGCUGCCACAGAAAUUCGCAGAGCAGCUCAUCCGCGUGUACUAUAAGAAGAAGGACAAGAAGAGCUUGGACGCCGCCGGGAAGCACUUCAUUCAGUGGUGUGCGCUCAGGGACUUCACCAAGCCACAGCAAUUUGGGGCUCAGCUGGUAACAGCACUGGCUACUCUUCCAGAGGACCCUGGUUCAAUUCCCAGCAACCAGCAGCCACAUGCGGCUCGCAACCAACUGUAACUCCAGUUCCAGAGGACCUGAUGCCCUCUUCUGGCCUCCGAUGGUGACAUUAUAGCGCCUCUCAUAACGCCUCUGAAAUGGAAUAAAAAGACUUCAUCUUGCAUCGAAGAAGUAUCCAAAGUAAAAACGUGUCUCAAGUUUUAAGGGAAUGUCUACAGUUAGUUCUUUUCAAAAUCCUCUUUGCCUCUUCACAAUUAAGUUUGGAAACAGAAUCAGAGGCCACCUGUGAUUUUUACUUAGUAUCUUGAAUGUACGCUCAUGUUGGGGGUUGGGGGGAGGUCGUUUUUUAUUCUCAACAAAAAAUGGUAAUAUUAACAAAUGUUCCCUAUCUGUCCUGUGGUGAUUUGAAUAAGAAUGGCCCCAGAAGCUCAUGAUUCAAUGCUUAGUCACCGGGGAGUGCAACUGUUUGAAAGGAUUACAAGGAUCAGAACGUGUAGCCUUGUUGGAGGAGGUGUGUCACCGGAGGUGUGCUUUGAGGUUUCAGAAACCCAUGCCAGAUCCAGUGUGUCUCUGUCUGUGUCUCUGUGUGUGUGUCUUUCUCUGUGUCUCUGUGUGUCUCUCUCUAUGUGUCUCUGGCUCUCUCUGUGUGUGUCUCUCUCUGUCUCUCUGUGUCUGUCUCUGUCUCUGUGUCUUUCUCUGUCUCUCUGUGUCUGUGUCUGUCUUUGUCUGUCUGUCUCUGUGUCUCUGUCUCUCUCUGUCUCUCUGUGUCUGUCUCUGUCUUUGUCUUUCUGUCUGUCUCUAUGUCUCUGUCUCUGUGUCUCUGUCUGUGUCUGUCUCUGUCUUUGUCUCUCUGUCUGUCUCUCUGUCUCUCUGUGUCUGUGUCUGUCUUUGUCUCUCUGUAUGUCUCUGUGUCUCUGUCUUUCUUUGUUUCUCUCUCUCUCUCUCCCUCUCUUUCUCUCUCUCUCUCUCUCUCUGCCUGUUGAUCAUCUACUACACCAGCACUGUGUUCCCCACCACGAUGAUUAUGAUGGACUAACCCUCAUCUGUAAGCUAUAAGCACACCCCCAGUUAACUGCUUUCUUUUAUAAGUGUUGCCUUGGUUGUGGUGUCUCUCGAUACAGUAAAACAGUGACUAAGACAGAUACUUUAAAAGCAUUAGCUUGUGUAUUUUUAGGAUUAAUUGAAACCUUUCUCCUUUAGCUACCUGUUUUCUCAGAAUAACUCUCCCAUCGAUUCUGAGCUCUUGGGACAAAUGAUUGUCUUUUGUUUUUAAUUCAGAAAUUGAGACAAGGGAACAAACUAGAAUUCAAAAUUGAAAUUGUGUUGCACUGUGUGGUUAAAGAAAUAAACAAUCCUAGACCUGCUGAAGAGGUGCCCCGCACCCUGCUCCUCCCCAGCGCCCACUCCCUUCCGUGCUUCGGGAGCAUUGGGAGCCGCUCCUUCCUCAGAGGAGCUGACCUCAGCUGCGUCCCUGUCUUUAUGGUCCAACUCCCCCUGCCCCCUGCUUUAGGAGGGGCUAGGUUCAGAGGGCAUCUCACAGCAGGCUGCUCCCCAGUCUGUUGUGAGUGACUCCAGACAAGACUGCACUCCAGCUCCAAGGGACUCGCCACUUGCCAGCCUAGAGACGGGCCUUCGUCCACCUCUUCUGAGCUGAACUGAUCAGCUGCUCAGAGACCACAGACCCCACCUUCUGGCUGCUCUCUCCUGGAACCACCGAGGCUUCAGUGUGUUUAUGGGUUUCAGAACAUUCUGGACUGCCUUUGCGAGCUUAGUGACUGUGCAGUGAGUCUUGGGUUCCCUGUGUAACUUGCUGGUCCUACUCGUGCGAAGCUGCCAUGCUUCUCCCUGCAGCCCCCCUCACCUCCAACUUUGCACAGCUUUACCGGCAACUGAAUUGAAUUGGAGCCAAGGGUGGUUGCCAGGAACGCUGAAGAUUCGGACACUGGGGACAGAGGCAAGAGCGGCAGGUAACAUCUUAGUGACGUUCUCCUGGGUGAACAGUCCUGGGCUGCCUUUCUCUGGGUAGCCACGUUCUGUCUUGUCCACUUGUGGGUGAAGCGUAUUUGGUGUGUCUGCCCCUAUGGGGUCAUAAGUGCACAAGGGAGGUGCUAGCUCUUCCCCACUAGCCAAGGUGCCUCUGUAACUCCAGGAGACAGCCAGACUCCCCUCUCCUUCGUGUGCCCAGACUCGAGGUUAAGGAUUGCAUAGUUUUCUGUGAAUGUCGUUUUAUUUUUGUCAAUCUAUAUUUUUUUAAUCAUUGUGGUUUAUUCUGGAAUUUUGUAGCCCUAAUUUUGUACUGUGGGAUGCGGGAAACAAUUCUGAGCCCUUUCCUGCACCAGGCAGCUGUACUCUAUGCCUUUGAUGCUGUUUUCCUUGUGAGCACCGGUGUCAUUUACAAGACUGCAUAAAGAAGCAGAGAUUUAA